AGGCAAUUGACAUGGAUCUGUACUGUGGCUGGUGGGGAGGUGAGCUUUAGCCGUGCACGCCGUGCAGGCUUAGCGUCACAAGUCUGCUCUGCAAUGGAGCUUUUUUCUUAAGGAAGCGGCUUUUGAGGGGCUAGUCGGCCGCAGUGCAGGUGCAUCGUCUGUGGUCGUAUCUGAACAAGCUUUCAAGCGGGUUCUCUCGGUUACAGAUUCUCUCGUUCUCUCUCCUCCUCCUCUCUUUCCUCCCUUCUCUCCCUCACCUCCAUCUCCGCAGUCAGUCUUUUCGUUGAGAUCCCUGAUAGAGUUUUUCCCGAUUGUUCAGACGAAUAAUAGCGAGACUGUAGAAGAGAAAGCAGUUGACAUCGCGCGACUCGCUUCCACUGCCCCGUUGUCACGAUAAACACAGUUGCGGUUCCGACGACUAGCCCGACGCGAGCCUGAGCUCUCCAUCGACGCCCCAAUCGCAAUUCUCUGACGUCGCAUUACCAUUCUCCUCAAUCCUGGUCAUCUUUGCCGAGACAGUAAACAGUAGACUAAGGGUAGGAAUUGGGCAUACCGAGCGAGAAGACGAAAGACCGCCGACUGAACCAGUCCAGGUUGCGAUAGAGAAAGCCACGACCGCAAACCACGAUACCUAUACUCGAGACAGUCCAGUCAGAAAUAGCAAUUCACAAUGUCUAGCCAACCUCUUCUCCAGACCGCUCCGGGCAAGCGCAUCGCCCUUCCUACGAGAGUCGAGCCCAAGGUCUUCUUCGCCAACGAGCGCACCUUUCUCUCAUGGCUCAACUUUACGGUCAUCCUUGGCGCCCUCGCCAUCGGCAUGCUCAACUUUGGCGACCGCCCGGCCUUUAUCAGCGCCUUCCUCUUCACUGGUGUUGCCAUGCUCACCAUGAUCUACGCCCUGGCCACGUAUCACUGGCGCGCGAAAUCUAUCCGCGUCCGCGGCCAGGCCGGCUUUGACGACCGCUUCGGCCCCACCUUUUUGGCCAUUAUCCUGCUGCUGGCCGUCGUUGUCAACUUUGUCCUGCGCAUAACGUACUCGUCCAAGGAGGGAAAGCACUAAAAGGUAGGAGUAAACAUGCUUUGUACUCCUAGCCCCUGUUCAGAAUCCCGAGGACAAUGUUGGGAAGAAGAGGGGCAGGAACCGGGGCCUAUAUCUAGUUGUUGACAAAUUGGGCCUUGCGAACCCGGAGAGGCGGGCUUUUGCUGAAACGCGCAAGUCACGACAAAGGCAUGUGUACGAGGAAGGAUUGAGAGUCGGUAGCGAAGGAUUUGUUAUUUUGAGAACAAGUUUGCAUGGUUUUAUAAUUUGGCAGUUCUCUUAUGUUUAGCUCAGGCGUACGCAAACAGUAAGCGGAUGUUGAAGGUGUAUAGUUGAUAGGAAAAGCGAAUGCAUCGGAUUAGGCGUCGGAAAC